AUGCAGUACACUUUCCCUGCUUGUGACUUUAACUCACUGAUUGCAGUUGGAUAAAAAAUAAUUAGAAAUCCUUAUUACGGAUAUCUCAUAUAAAACGAAUUUUAAACAGAGCCGUGACCACAACAGGCUUUGCCGCAUUUUCCGUUCAAUGAAAAACAACGAAGAUCGAAUUUUUGCAGAGGCGGAUAUAAUAUAUUUCGUACCUCACGAUCAUGGAGUCGUGUACCCAUUAGGGGCCAGUUGCCGUAAUGCCAAGUGAAGAAGAGACACAGACACGACAGAAUGCAUAACUGUUGGCGAUGGAAGGUGUUCGUAGCGCUAUUACUUGUCGCGUCUGUAGUAGGCAAAGUGUUCGGAGAAAGCGGCACAGAAAGCGCCGUUCGCAUGGAGCAAAGUUAUCAACAGAUACUCCUACGCUACCUUUUCACCAACUACGACAGAGACAUCCAUCCAGGAGGCAACAAUCCCGUGGUGGUAACAUUUGGCGCUAAGCUCGGACGCAUAGCGGCGGUGGACGAGAAAAAUAACGUGGUUCUGGCACAUUGGUAUCUGAAACAGAAGUGGGUGAACCCAAGCCUUUCGUGGAACGCGUCCGAGUUCGGCGGGGUGAAUACUCUACACGUGGAGCCCGACAGACUGUGGGUCCCGGAUAUCGUGCUCUAUAACAACGCUGAUCCUAAGAAUGACUUGGCGGGGGGCUUCCAGUACAAGACGAAGAUUGAGAUGCAGGCGGAUGGCACAAUGAUAUGGCUUGCUCCCGCCAUGUUCCACAGCGCAUGCCCCAUGGAUAUCCGGUAUUUCCCGUUUGACGAGCAGUCAUGUGACCUGCAGUUCGCCUCGUGGAUGUACGACACGAGUAAACUGGAAAUGAAAAUAGACGCCAAUGAGACGAAAGUCAUGGAUACCUUCACCAACAAGGAAUGGGAGAUCCCUAAACUCACCAUAAAAAAGAAACGGAUCAAAUAUACGUGUUGCCCGAACCCAUACGAGGAUGUCACCAUUACCAUGUCGCUUGUGAGGCGACCGUACUACUACAUUAUGAACAUGAUCUUCCCGUGUUCCCUCAUCGCCUGCAUGACUUACCUUACCUUCAUCCUACCGGCGGAGUCUGGGGAGAGGAUCUCGCUAUGCAUUACGGUCCUGAUGGCCAUGUCAAUUUUCCAAGAGCUCACGUCAAACAAAUUGCCACCGUCUUCGGAAACAUUCUUUCUGUUAGGGGUGUACUACACAGUAACCAUAUCCGCUAUCGGACUGGGCCUCGCAGCCACCUGCAUCGUCAUCAACUUUUACUACAAGAAGACAGAGAUGCCGCAAUGGAUGAAAGUCUUGAUGCUCGGGGCUCUAGCAGACAUCCUUCGUGUAGAACGCACAUACCUCUAUUACGCACAAAAACAAAAGAUAUCAAGCCAAAUAAACAUGGACUCUUCCUUUCUUGACAAAAUCAUGGACGGCACCGAGAACUCCUGUCCUGAUGAGCUACUGAGUAAUGUAGACGACCAAGAGGAUAUCUCGGAUGAACGAGAAAGCAUACAACUGGAAAACGGCGUGAAGCAUAGACGGUCUCCGAUUGUCAGACUCAAGUUCAAAAAGAAGGCAGUCAAGAAGCAAGUUGUAUCUUCUGAGGCGGAGGACACAACACAGGCGAAGAUGUGGGAAGAGGAGUGGAAGACCGCGUCUCGGGUUGUGGACAGACUUUCGCUUUGUAUUGGCCUUCUAUUGGGCCUAUGCGCAACCGCGUCGAUAUUUCUUCAAGCGCCGCGCAUCCGCGCAUAUUUUACCUGGUGACACGAUGAACAGUUGUUGUUUUAACCACAUAAAAUUCGAUUAAGCUCAAAAGUACACGGAAACGGUAGAAUAAACUUCGGUUCAGUAGACUCCUCUUCAAGGACUUUUGAAAAAUGUUAAUGCGAAAGAAAAAUGCAGGAAUCUAUUAUGGUAACAUCUAGCUAGUCUCAGGCGUUCUUUUCGGGUUUGCUGUGUUCAGCCUAGUCCCUGGCGUUCUUAUCGGGUUUCCUGUGUUCAGUCUAGUCUCAGGCGUUCUUAUCGGAUUUCCUGUGUUCAGCCUAGUCCCAGGCGUUCUUAUCGGAUUUCCUGUGGUUGGGUUUCCUGUGGAUGGUAAGAGUGGUGACGUCACAGGAAACUAAAGCUCGUACCAGCCUACCCGUACAAGGCUACCUCACGAUUCAUCUCCGAGCACAGGAAACCCGGUAAGAACGCCUAGGACUAGGCUAAACACAGGAAACCCGGUAUGAACGCCUGGGACUAGGCUAAACACAGGAAACCCGAUAAGAACGCCUGGGACUAGGCUGAACACAGGAAACCCGAUAAGAACGCCUGGGACUAGGCUGGGUGACAUCCAACUUCUCCCUGGUGGGAGGGUGAGUUUCAAGAGUUUUUUUUGUUUGUUUUUUUGUUUGUUUGUUUCUGUAGUUUCCCCAUCUACCUUCCCUUUUAGCACUCGUGGCUUCGUCUUUUAACAAACUAGAGGUGGAUGGGUUAUGCAAAAAGCCUUAGAUCUGGUAAGACGUGAAAAGUACUAUGCAAGGAAAAUCCAAAUAGCAUGUGGGACGUGGUGCGCCCCAAAGCUCAGAAGCGCUGGAUACUCGAGCAUGCUGCAAAUGGAAUAAAAUUCGUUGAAAAAUU